CAUCCCGGGAAAGGAAACUCCUCGUGACAGAUGCUGGGCCACAAUCCAGUCCUCUCGUUAGCCCAAACCAAACGCGUUGUUUAAUAAACGAAAAAAAAAAAAGGCGGGCUAGGAGAGCUUUAAAUUCAACUAUUCACUUCUAAUUCAAAUCAUAUCUCUCUCUCUCUCUCUCUCCAUUUCUGUUUCUCUCUCUAAACAGUUGAGGUGAGGUGAGGUGAGGUGAGGUGAGGUGAGAUGCAGAGAGGAACUGAAGUCUCUGUGGGGACGAAAAUGGAGGAGCUAAGGUUAGUAUGCGACAGAGAGAUUACGAUUCAGCAGCACAGAAUUGACGCCGCCAUUUCCUUUUUCCGGAAAUCGCUUCAGUCUACGAAAGCCAAGGCACAGGAAACUAUUCAAAUUCAAGCAAAACUAGGAAAGCUAAAAGGUGAGCUGAGAGAGGCGGAGGAUCAUUUGGUGAAAGCUCUAGCAGCGAAGACUCGUAAAGAGGCAAAGCAGAUGGCCAUGACAGAGUCCAUAUCUGCUACAAGAGCUAGAAUAGAAGAGCUUAAAAGAAUUGUGGAAGAUCAAAACACUAGGAAGGAUGAGUACACAAAGAUAAUAUCUCAGCAAUUUGAAGGUAUUUUCGGUUUCAUUUCUUUUUACUACUUGGUCUUUUUUGUAGAUCAUUCAUUGAAAUUUUAUAGUUGGUCUAUUACAUAGAUUAUUUAUUAAAAUUAUGUGCUAUUAUUGUCAUUUUUUAAGGGGCUUUAGGCUUCUUAUUAAAUUGAAAGAAACCAGUAUCGAUAUUUUUGAAGUAAGAGUAUCCACUAAAGGGGGUGCACCUGAUGUGUAGCAGAGUAUUCAAAAGCCACCCAAAUGCCUUAAAUCCUAUUAGGAUUUGUAUCCCCUAAAAAUCAGAAAAAUAAACUAAAAAAAGCAUCACAAAGGACAUCAAUACUGUUUUCAAAUUGAAACUGUUAUUUGGACUUAUUUGGCCAUUGACUAUCUUAUUUAUAUGAGCAAAUAAUUAUUUAUGUGGCAAUAUCAAUAAAAACUUUUGAAGGUUUGGGUGGGUGGAUGGUGGAAAUGGAGUCUUAUAAUCAUAUAGUGAUGUCCUGAAUUUCGCUUUGGUGGGAAAAGGUUUGAGGGAAAGGUACGGAUUUCAGAGUAGGUGUUGUUCGUUUUUGACAUCUUAUGUUGUUCUCAUUUGGAGUAGUCACAAAAAAAAUUUUGGGAGUGUUGAGGAACUUUUUCUUUUGGAUAAUCUCUGCCUUUCAUACUUAAGUAGGUCAAUAACAUUGUAUAUAGUUCUCUUAUUGGAGCAGCAAAGAUGACCCUUUUAAAGAUUUUCCAUUUCGAGCAAUCUUAUGUAAAUUGCUCAUCUUUUUUGUUUGCAAAUGAUACAAUUUCUUUUGUUUAGGCUUUAGGAAAAUGCUUGAGUUAAAAUCUGGAAUAGUGAUUUCUUGGAUUUCACAUCAUAGUCUUUAGUUUGGCCCAUCUUGAUCUACGACUGCUUAAAUCCCUUACUAUGAAUCCUGAAAUUUUCCAACUCUUGGCUUCCCAACAGGGUUUGGCAGGUUGUAGUGCUAUGUUUAUUCAAUAAGCAUUACCCUCUGAACAUAUGUGUCGUUUCUAAGUUCAAAUUUCCAAUUUGAGCCACUGACAUGAUUGAAAUUUGAAAUAGAGUUCAUGGUGUUAAGGGUGUGUUCUAAGUUUUUGAUUGGUUUGCCAUAGUUUGGUUUGACCACUAAAGCUUUUGUUUUAUUUUUGGUGCAUGGUGGCUUGGAAAUUGCUUAGAAAGCCUAAUGUAAUAGCAAUUAUUGACACACAUGACUUGUUAAAGUAAAUGUGCUUUGCACCUUAUUGGUUGGAACUCUGAUCAGCAAAUGGAACACGAUGUCCCUUGGAAAUGCAUCUGCAAUCCCUCACAUUUAAUACAUUACUGGUUUUUGAUUCUAUGAAUGAAAUAUGGGAAAACUUUGGCCAAGUUGUUGCAUAAAAAUAUUUUGUUCUACUUUUGCUUUGGCAUUGUCCUCAUUGACUGAAACAUUUUAUCCCUCUUUCACUGUGUGUGACUGAUCUGUUUUCACAUUAUAAGCAUGGAUUAGUAACAAUGUUCAUUGGACAUGUAGAUAAGGGAGUUUAUGUCAUUGGAAGAGUUCCUCUAGAUUUCUGCAUCUUACAUUGCCUUGAACAUCACAAUUGAAUUGGUUUUGAAGUGUAUUCCUAACAGCUAUUUUUGUUUAAUAUGCUUAUAUUUUCAUUUGGUGCUAUUCUUUUAACUACAACUGUCACAUCUGGCACCUUUAUUGUGUUGUAUUGCACCUAUUCGUCUUUCCAAUGUAGUCUUGCCUUGAGAUCUUUUUGGCUUUGCUAGGUAGGUCAUAUGCCUUAUAUGUGUCGGAUAUGGUUUUAUUUGUGUUCUUGUAAGCUCAUGCCUACGAUUGGACGUUGCUUUUGAAACCUUUCAUUUGCCGUAUUUUGUAAAGCAUUGUGUUUGUGGGUUAGACAUUAGAAGUGCAAUAGUUGUUGCAUAUACUUAGGAAUGUGUUACAUAUGGUUUUGGUGUUGCCUAAAGGUGCAGCAUGGGACAUUGAAUUAUUAAGGCUUCGUUUGGGAACAAUUUAUUUUAUUAACUUUUUGAUUUUUUAGCUAAAAUAUGAGGUAAAAAAAUUAGUAUGUUUGGGAUGAUUGUUUGGUUUUUUACGAAAAGAUGUGCGAAAAGUAGAGAGAAAAGGAAAACUUUGACUUUUUGGUAUAGGUUGUUGGCUUUUUGAUUUUUUAGUGACUUUUUGAAUUUUAGGCUAAAAAGUGAUGUUGUCAAAUGAGGCAGUGUAAUAUUAUGUUAUGUUGAUUCUUUGGUUGGUUGAAAUAUUAGGCACGACGAGGAUAUUUUCUGUUUGAGUUGUCCAUAUGUUCCUAGGUUGACUUGUUACAUCUGUUGUGAUCUUUAUGGUAGUAGAGGGAAAGAAAUUUAUUUUUUUAACCCUUUAUAUAUUGGUGGUGUUUGGGAAGAGCUUUUUUGGUUAAAAUAGCAC